AUGGUGAAUUACGUGCUCAAAAUCACAGCUGAUCUCGAGAAUCUCACAAAUCUUCAGCCCUCCGGUGGCUGCGAGGACUCCAACUUCCCUUAUCUGUUCAAGUUGAAAUGUGAAAGAUGCGGAGAGGUGACACAGAAAGAAACAUGUGUGACUUUGAAUGAGACAUUUACUCCUCCUGGAGGUAGGGGGACUUGUCAUCUUGUUCAGAAGUGUAAGUUCUGUGGAAGGGAAGGGAAUGUGACAAUGAUUCCUGGAAAAGGCCGACCUUUAACUCUGGAAGACUCCGAGGCUGGAGAACAUGCUCCUCUUAUGGUCUUUGACUGUCGGGGCUACGAACCCAUCGACUUCGGAUUUGGUGGAUUUUGGAAAGCUGAAGCUGCUGAAUCUGGAACCAAAUUUGAUGAGAUUGAUUUGUCGAGUGGAGAGGAAUUUACAGAGUACGAUGAGAAGGGUGAGUGUCCGGUGAUGAUAUCAAACUUCCGUGCAAGUUUCAGCGUCACCAAGUAA